AUGCUCCUACCAAGUAUCUCCUCGGUAUUCACACUCUUCAACAGCAUGCUGGCCCAUCCCGGUCUAUCCAAGUCUGACAAGGACCAGUGGAAGGCCUUGGUCGACGCCAUCCCGGUCCCGCAUCCUGGCAAGUGUCCUUCCUUCUGCCACAUUGUCCUGACCCAGCUCCGCCAGCGCUAUGCCAAUGCCGGCACCCGAGUCUUCUCCGACAGGCACUGGAUCACUACCGAGAAGUACGCCUACGACUUCCUCGACGGAAUCAUCAACGAGUUUGUCGAGAGCCUGGCCUCCAAUCUCGCCAAGUGCGCGGCCAUGAAGGCCCGUGGUGAGGAGGUCAAGCACUUCCGCCUCCGCUAUCUCAGCAAGAAGCGAUCCACCUCCGAGUCCUGCUACACGAGGAAGCGACUCUGGGGCCCUGUCCAGUCCACAUCCAGCUUCUGGAACCAGGUCAACAUUCGCGAGUUCCUCGGCGUCACUCCUCCUGGCGCACAAAACACUCCUGUGCAGCUUCUGCGUCCGCCUCUUCCACAGCCUGUGGAUGCUGAUGGCGACCCCAUGCUGUCCAGAAGCAUGAAGAGUGUCAAGAAGCCACCCAAGCACAGUCGGAUGGAGAGGAGCCUCCUUCCUCGCCUCCGUCCCGACGGGACCAUCGAGGAUCGCCGACUGCAGCUUCCCUUCCUCUGCGACACCCGCAUCAUGCGGACCAAGACCGGCAAGUUCUACAUCGUGGUCUCGGGGCCACUUGUCCGUCCGGGCGAAAGCCAAGCCCAGGACACGGCCAAGAAAGUCGUCUCUAUCGAUCGUGGCGUCCGAGACUUCAUCACCACAUACGACCCUUCCGGCCUUGUCACCGCCUGGGGUGCCUCCAAAUCUCACUCGACCAAUGGUGGCAGGGACACCAAGAACAGGAUGCGUCGAGCAGCCCUCCGCAUCCUCGAGCGCAUCCGAUGCCUUGUCAACGAUCUCCACCGCAAGGCAGCCAAGUGGCUCUGCUCAACAUGCAACGUCAUCUACAUCCCCAAGCUCAACUUCCACCAGCUGGCAGCACACUGCUCUGGACGAGUGGUCAACGAGAAGAUGGCCAUGCUGGCCCACUGUCGCUUUGUCGACACUCUCGUCCACAAGUCCAGGGAGUAUGCUGACUGCAGGCAGCACGGACAGAUGAGCCAGGGCUAUUUGUCCCAUCCUGACGACGGUAUCACUCUGAGAGGGUAUCACCGGCAAGCCCCGGACGGCGGCAUCGCACAAGAUGCCGAUCCUCCAUUCCAAACCAAGUGA